AUGUCCACCGAGUCAAACGACGUCAGCUUUGAGACUGUUCUCGCGGAACUGCAUCACCUGCUAUUGGGCAUACCCCCGGAAUCAAAUCUGCCUUUCGUGGAAAAUUCUCAGGACUCACAUUAUGCAUGCUUCCUCAACUUCUCUCUGGACCCUGAUCUGAUGGAGAAGAUCGAAGAUGAGGUCGGGGUAUUCAGUGAACAAUUCAAAAAUUCCUCGGAGAGCCAAUAUCCAGUGUCAGGGAUGCGUCCCGGAACUGUCCAUCUUCCGCCAUCAGAGUCCGUCGAAUUCGAACGCUCGUUUCUGGGCGUCAUGAUCAUGAUGGUGAUUGAAAAGGGAUAUAUCGCUUGGUUCCAAUUGGUUCAGACAAUGAUUGAUGAACACAUAGGGGCAGGAAACUCCAAUGAUUCUUCGAGAGGGGGCUUGGCGUUGAAAGACGUCUGGUUGUACAGGGGGCCGUCCUCAGGCCUCAGGCCUCAGCAGCAGUAG